AGUACUCCUCUGGACCUGAUUGAGACUGGGAAGGGGUUGAAGUUCCAGGCGGAGCGCCCCCAUCUGGUGAGCCUGGGUAGUGGUCGCCUCAGCACAGCCAUCACCUUGCUGCCACUCCCUGAAGGAAGAACUACACUGGGUCAUGGCCCCAUGGACAUCAGCAUCCAGGGGCCAGGGUUGGCAGCCCAGCACUGCUACAUAGAGAACAGAGGAGGACUCAUCACCCUCCACCCCUGUGGAAACACCUGCGCCAUCGACGGCCUCUCAGUCACCCAGCCCACACGCCUGUCUCAAGGUUGUAUGCUGUGUUUCGGCCAGUCGGCCUUCUUCCGUUUCAACCACCCAGAGGAGGCGUACAGGAUGAAGAGCAUGAUGCCUGAAGGAGGCAGGGGCUCCACAGGAGGCUACAGGCUCCACACAGACUCUGAGAGCCUGGCCAAUGGGAACCACCAGCCUGGCCCGGCCCAGUCUCAGCCCCAGCCCGCCCCUGGAGUCCGGACCGAGCACAGCGCCAUUGUCAGCUCCAUUGAGAAGGACCUCCAGGAUAUUAUGGACUCUCUAAUCAUGGACGACCCUCAGCCAUCUUCCUCCGACUCCAAGAAGCCCCCCGGUGGCCAUCCCAUCCCCCACUCCCCCCUCUCCCCUCUCUCCCCCAUGGUUAACGGAGGGGGGAGGUACCUGCUGUCUCCCCCAACCAGCCCAGGAGCCAUGUCUGUGGGCUCUAGUUAUGAGAACACCUCCCCUCCCUUCUCCCCCCUCUCCUCCCCCUCGGCAGCCAGUAGCGGCAGCUACACCCCCUCCCCUGGGGGGGCCCCCCUGGAUCCUUCUCUGCCCCCCAUCCCUGUCCGCUCCUCCAGCUACAACUACUCCACCCAGCCCCCCAUCCCCCAGCCACGGACCACUCUGUCCAGCUACAGUGGCAGCAGCGGGGGCCAGAAGGUUCAGGAAAGUCCCAGGCUUCAAAGGAAGGCUCUGCUGGAGGCCCCACCAAGCCCUAAGCCAGGCCGCAGGAGUCUUGGCCAUGACGGGUCAGAGAGCCCCAGACAGACCCACCUGCUAGCCUCCCCCUCCUCCCUGUCUGAGGCUGGGUCUCACAGCAGGAGCAGCGUGCCCAGCAGCCCCCGACUCACUCCCAAGUUCCCCCAUUCCCCCUCUGCCUCCCCCUCCAGCCCCAGGUCCAGGUCAGGCACCGUCCUCCAGGAAAGGCCUGCCAGCCCCUUCAGGGAGCAGGCCAGCCUGGCUGAACGGUCCCUCUCCGCCAGCCCCUCCCGCCAGUUCGCCCAGCCCCCCCGGCCCUUCCAGCCCCCUCUGGACCCCAUCGUCCACAUCAUCCAAGGAGCCCCUCCCCUUCAGCAGCACCCACGUUCCCUCAACCCCCCCGAGAGCCCCCGGCUGGUCCGCAGGAACCUGGAGCUCAGCUCAGGAGGGGGCAACAGCAUGAGAGAGCUGCCUCCCCUCAGCCCCUCCAUGAUGCGCAGGGGGAUGGGGGUGCCCGUGCUUCCCGGGGCCCUCCCAGGGACCAUCCCAACCCUCCGGACCCCAGACAGCCCCUCUGUGCUGGGCAGGCUGGUGCCGGAGAGCCCCAGGCUUCGCCGCAAGGCUUCCUCUCCUCCGGAGGAGCAGUUUGGCAGGGGAGGUGUACGAGCCCGCUCCCCCUCUCCCACGUCAGGUCUGAUUCUGGAGGGCGGGGGCAGUGGCGGAGGAGCGGGGAGGAAGGCCAGCUUUGGGAACGCCCUCUCCCCCGCCUACAGCCUGGGGUCCCUGCCCGGUUCCUCCCCCCUGUCCAGCCCGCUGGGGCACCGGAAGAUGUCGGCGGGCGCCAGGGAGCUGCGGGGGAUGCACGCGGGCAUGCGGGAGAGGAAGAACAGCAUCUCGGAGAUCAGCGACAACGAGGACGAGCUGCUGGAGUACCACCGGCGUCAGAGGGACGAGAGGCUGCGAGAGCAGGAGAUGGAGAGGCUGGAGAGACAACGUCUGGAGACCAUCCUGAACCUAUGUGCGGAGUACAACAAGGUCGACAGCCCCAGUCCUGGUUCUGGUCCUGUUCCGGGGCUGGGUCUGGGGGGUGAGGGGGGCAGGAUGGGCUUCCCCGUGGGGCUGGGCGAGGCGUCCGUCCGACGGGGCUCCCUGGAGAACCUCCUGGCUUCAUCUCAGCUGCGCCUGGCCCAGAGGCAGAGGGAGAGCGACGAGGACAACCAGAAGGAGGAGGAGUGCAGCAGCACGGAGAGCACCCACCAGGAGGUGAGGACCCCCCCUCCUCGCUCCCCAGGAAGGGGCCUCAGCAACGGAGACAGACAGCAGGAGGAUUCGGGGUCCGGGUGUGGGUCGGGCAGUGGGGGUCGACUGGAGCUUGGGUACCUGGAGGAGGAGCGGGUUCGGGUUCUGGCCCGCGUGGACGAGCUGAAGACCCGGCUGACUGAGCUGGAGCAGCAGCUACAGGAGUCCAAACAGGAGGCGGAGAUGGAGCGUGCGCUGCUGCAGGGCGAGCGGCAGGCGGAGCAGGAGCAGAUAGAGGCGGAGUCAGAGAUCAUCGCUCAGCUGCAGCACAAACUCAGCGAUCUGGAGAACACCAUCCAGCGAGCGAAGCACAAGGAGAGGGCUAACGUAGACGCGGAGCGGCGAGCGUUGGAGAGCCAGCAGGAGAGCUUGGCCGAGCUGCAGAAGCAGCUCCAUAACUGUCCUGAGUCGCUCAGGGAACAGCUGCAGGAGCAGCUCAAGAGGGAGGGGGAGGCGCUGGAGUCGGGCACCAAGCAGUUUGAGGACCUGGAGUUUCAGCAGCUGGAGAGAGAGAGCAGCCUGGAGGAGGAGAGAGAGACCAUCAGCCAGCAGCUGCUGCAGGAGAGAGCAGAGUACCACAGCAGCAUGGCCGACAGGAAGGAGAAAGUGUCGGCCCUGGAGAGCCAGGCUAACCAGCUGGGGCUGCAGGCUGCUCAGGAGUGUGACAGGCUGGCCAAGGACCGCAGCCUCGUUCUGCAGAUGUUGCACAAGGAGAAGGAGAGACUAUCGUCCCUGGAGAAGAGAUAUCUGAGUCUGACCGGAGGGAAGAGCUUCCCCAAAUCCUCCAGCACCAUGAAGGAGGAAGUGCUUCAUAUCAGCGAGACUGACCUGUUAGAGGACGCCCACUCCUCCCAGAAAUCCCUCUGCCGACCCGCCCCUUCCUACUUAGGCCCCUCCCCUUCCUGUCAGUUGUACCCCAGCAGCCCAACGGAGGAGUACUUGAAGCUGUCCGACGUCUAUAAGAUGUAUGGCAGCGGUAACCGCGGCAACCUCCCGCUCGCCGCCCCCGCCCCGCACGACCCCUUGCUUUCGCUAGAUGCCCCCAAAGAGGAGUAUGUGACUGUGAACCAGUUGAGUCAGAUGUACGGGAUGCCCAAGGUGGAGUCGUCCCCCACUUCCCCUCUCCGCCAACCCCUGCACCCCGGACUGGUAGACCCCGCCUUCUCCUACCUCCCCUCUCCACAUGGCUCCUCCCUCUCUCUCUCUGUGGAGCACUACCAGUCUGAGGGCAGUAGGCCUCAGAUCCCCGGGCUAGAUUUAGAGCAGUGGUACCAGGAGGUGAUGUCUGCUGGGCAGGACGGCCAGCUCUGCCCUCCGCCUCUGCCAACUAAGUCUCUCUCAGGCCGCAGGCCGCUGCAGGUGUUCCGCUCCAAGCUGGACAGUGAGGCGGGCCAGACUGUGCUGAGAUCCAAGCCGGGUUCUGGAUCUGGCUCUACGCUGCAGUACGGCGCAGCUACUCUGGGACGCAACACCUCCAGGAGCCCCCUGCUGGUGGCCAGCAGUACAGGCAGCCUCCCCAGGAACCUGGCUACCACUCUGCAGGACAUAGAGACCAAGAGACAGCUGGCUCUGCAGCAGAAAGGUCAGCAGGUGAUCGAGGAGCAGAGGAGGCGUCUGGCUGAGCUGAAGCAGAGGGCCGCGGUGGAGGCCCAGUGCCAGUGGGAUGCGCUCCACGGCUCCCAGCCCCUCCUCUACGCCCCCGCCGGCCCUUCCAUGGUGCACCACUCCAUCCUGCACCACCAGCCUGCCGCUGGGGGGCCCGGGGGGGAACGGCCUUAUGACACGCUCAGCCUGGAGAGUUCCGACAGCAUGGACACCAGCAUCUCCACUGAGAACAACUCAGCCUGCUCCCCUGACAACAUGUCCAGUGCCAGUGGGAUGGAUGCGUUGAAGAUCGAAGAGAUGGAGAAGAUGUUGAAAGAAGCCCACCUGGAAAAAGCCAGACUCAUCGAGUCACGGGAGCGAGAGACCCUCGCUCGGCGUCACAUGCUGGAGGAGGAGAGGAGGAGGAGGGAGGAUGUGGAGAGGAGGCUGCAGGAUGAGACUUCACACCGGCUGCAGCUGGUGGAGAAGGAGGUCAAGAUGAGGGCCAAGAACUUCUCACAGGCUCGUCCAAUGACGCGCUACCUGCCCAUCAGGAAGGAGGAGUUUGACUUGCGCUGUCACGUGGAGUCGUCUGGCCAUAAUGUGGACACCUGCUACCACGUCAUCCUGACAGACAAGAUGUGCAAAGGCUACCUGGUCAAGAUGGGGGGAAAGAUCAAGUCCUGGAAGAAGCGCUGGUUCGUCUUCGACCGCCUCAAACGGACCUUCUCCUACUAUGUCGAUAAACACGAGAGCAAGCUGAAGGGUGUUAUCUACUUCCAGGCCAUCGAAGAAGUCUACUAUGACCACCUACGCAGCGCCACCAAGAGCCCCAACCCAUCUCUGACCUUCUGUGUGAAGACCCAUGACAGGCUGUACUACAUGGUGGCUCCUUCGCCUGAGGCCAUGAGGAUUUGGAUGGACGUCAUUGUCACCGGGGCGGAGGGAUACACGCAGUUCCUCAACUGAGGUCAAGUGGAGGGAUACACACCUGAACUACAGACAAAGGCCCUUCUAAGGCCUCGUUCUCUGUCUCCCACUACUGGGAAAAAGCCUUUUGAUUUUCUAUGAUUUUGUUACUUUUGAUCAAAUAUUUUUAAUCCGCAUCCUCACUUUACACUAUAGAAAUUUUCAACACCAUUGUUUUCUACUCUUGCCUUGUUUGGGAUGGAAAAAGGGAGCCCUAUAGGAUAAUGACACACACAAGUAUAUACAGUAAACCAAAAUGUAGUACUGACAAUGCCUUUCUAUAUUGCCAAAUGGGGAUCUUGUUUAAGUUACAGUUUUACGAACUAUUCUGUUAUUUUGUGCAGAAUUUUGAAAGUUAUUUUUUUUUUACACAUUAUAUUGUUCAAUAUUGCCAAAUGAUAUUAUGCCAAUGUUUUCUCUAUAAUGGUCCAUCAAUGGAAUGCAAUGAAAUGUUCCAUUAAGAGUAAAUUGUGUUUAUCCAGAAACUCCAUCUGCAAUGGAGAGGUAUAAUGAUCUAAGAGAUAUAUUUUGAGAACUUAUUUUAUAUGUCGUCUAUCAAAGCUUAUAGAGAUCAGUGAGGCUGGGACUACAAUUACCAGUGUCCGUAGAUAGCAGCUCAGGAGUCUAUGUUUGUAGUUCUUACAAUCCAAGUCCACUGUUGAAACUACACUGUGUCCAUCUUAUUUUGUCAUGUGGCCAACCAAUUACCCUUAAAGUGCGAAAACACAUGACACAAACACACACCUAAAUAGAGGUAGGCCCAGUCUGUUUGCCAAGUCGUGCUUACUUGACCCCCAACAGGAAGCAGCCAUCCACCACUGCCAGCCUACAACAGCGAGAGGCACACAGGAGCAAACACCACCCAACACUCUGUGCCUUGAUCUCCCCAGUCAUAAUCCUAGUCUGAAACUGUCAAUCUAGCUACAUCCUGCUGCUGAACUAGCCACCAUCGAAGCUAAUGUAAUACUGUGUUUUUAUACAUGUUAAACAAUGGUGAUGUUUUGACAGACUUGCAUGAAUGAUCUGUCUGUAGGGAAAGCAGGGUCUAUCCCUUGCCCUAGUUGUAGUAGCCGCAAUACUGGAGGGUUAUAUAAAAAAAGGGGAACCAGACAUGUAUAAAUUUGGUUUGAACACGGGUGGGGUCAAACAUUUCUAUCAACCCAUAUGCCAACACUACCCUGCUCCGUCACUAAUUAUGUGUGGGGAUGUUUCAAUGGUCUAUUGACAUUAGUAGGCUCAUAUCCCUACUGCCCACCCAAAAACCUUUGACCAGAUCCACCUAGAACAGACAAGGUCCAGUCCAAACUUGACCCUACAGCUUUAAGAAUCUGGACUGACCUGGUGUCAUUGUAAUGUCGAUGAUUGCCACAUCGUGAAGGAUUGAUCAGGCCGUGAUCAAUCAUUACCUUUUUUAAUGUUAUUUUUGUAUUUUUUAAGAGGCGUAUAUGCGUUUGGUGUGUUUAUUUUUUGGUGGACAACUAGUGACUCUGAUCAUGAGACUCUGCAUGCAGGGGUCCACAUCAUGACCCCGGGGUAGGGAGCUUCUGUGUCCUUUAUGUAAUUUAUCUUAAAUGAUACCUGAGAUAGCAGAUGUCAGUCUAGAAAGAAAAGUGAUAAAAGACCUUAAUAUAUAUUCUCCUUCCUGCCUUUUCUGCCCCUUGCCCCUUCUGGGCUAAUCCAAACUAUUCUACAAUUGUCUGGAGGAAUCAGAUCACUAUUAAUGAUAAUUGAUAUGAUCCUUGUUAGAAAAGAAACUGACUUUUAUACUGUAUAAAUGAAUGCCUGUAUGAAAAUGUUGUUUUUUCACCAUUGACUGUCAUUGAAGAAGUUUAUUGGUCACAGUACAUAUCAGUGGAUAAAGUGUUUUAUCAAUACACUGUGUUUGUUCAUACAGCUGAACACACACUCAGAGAAGAAUACAAACACACACACAUAGUCAGUAGAUUAUCACACAUAUCAGUAUGACAUCUGACUGGCUCCUGUCAGCCUGCCACUCACCCAGUCAAGCACUCCUUGGACCAGCUUAUGUUAACAGUAUUGGUAUCCUGUUUAAUAAGGUACUUCAACGUAUGGAAUUUGUACGUAAAUCUAGUAAACGGAUGUUGCAGAA